AUGGUCUUUAUAUGCCUUCCUAUUCUGUUUGGCUGCCAGACGAAUCUUAGCCAAGAAGGCGAUUCAUCUCCACGUAUUUGCCCGCGCUGUAAUAAUGCCUCUGUUAUACAGGCUCCCGGACAUCAUUGGCUGUGCGGUGUCUGUCGUUGGGAGGUUCCGCUUCAGCCCGGAUGGGAACCCAUGUUAGCCGUAUACAGCCGGUUCAGCGAGAAAAAGAAGGCAUUCAUAGUCUUCCUAGUGUCAUGGGCGGGGCUUAUACCAUUCUUCGUUAGUGGUUCUUUCGUCCCUUCAAUCCCCCAAAUCGCUCGCGACUUCGAUACAACUGGUGCUGUUGUAAACUUAGCGGUCAGCCUGUCAAUUUUGGCUAGUGCAAUUGGGAGCUUGACAUGGGCACGUUACUCUGGCUACUACGGUCGUCGUCCCGUGUAUCUUGCGGCAUUCCCCAUCCUCAUCAUCGGGUCCCUCGGCGUUGCGCGCUCCCGUAGCAUUACGGAACUAUACGCUUGGCGCGUCGUACAGGCAUUCGGUUCCGGUGUCGGCUUCUCCGUCGGUGCUGGUGUCAUUGGCGAUAUAUACAAGCUAGAAGAGCGUGGAAAGGCUAUGGGUAUCUUCACUGCGGCAUGUCUACUUGGGCCUGCAGUCGCCCCACCUACUGGAGGCUUCGUGGCAUACUACUACUCCUGGCGUAUCAUGCAGAUUGCGAUCUUGUUCUCUGCCGUUAUCGCGUUCUUUGCCUUGUAUGCGUGGCUCCCGGAGACCAGUCAACCGAACACCAGGGGGAUUGACAAGGACGGCGAGAGCGUACUAGUCGAGGAGCGCAAGGUCCAAUUGGUCUUCCUCAACCCUCUCAAAGAUCUCGCGCUGUUGAGGAGUCCUGUCAUCUUGUCCGUGUGUCUUGUCCAAACCUCGGUCCUGUUCAUGGAGUUCCUCGCCCUGAACCCACUACCAUACACGCUUGGUGAGGCCUUUGGCAUUCAUAACGAAGCCGUCAUCGGAGCAUUCUUCGUCCCUGCCGGCGUUGGCAAUAUCCUCGGUGCGCCGAUUGCUGGCCGUAUCUCGGACCGUAUCCUUGUGAAGGCGAAGAAGCGCCGUGGUGGCGAAUGGGUACCCGAGGAUCGCCUACCCGCUGCCCUUGUCGGCGCAGGCAUCCUCGUGCCUUUUGCCAUGCUCUUCUUCGGACUGACCACAACUUUCGCCUCGGCCAAAGUUGGCUCCGUGGUCAUCCUCGCGGUGCUCUUCAUGAACGGCAUCGGAAUUGACUUCGCGCUCACACCCACUACCGCCUAUACUGUUGACAUCAUGCAUCACAAGAGCGCAGAGAUCAUGGCUGCGACUUCGUGCUUGCGCGGAACGGUGCUCGCGCUCGGUGUAUCCGGCAUCCUGCCCGCUAUUGAACGCUUCGGGCUUUUGGUCACCUAUACUGCCGCUGCCGUGCUUUCAUGGUUGGCUUUCGGGCUGCUAUUGGUCACGAUCAAGUAUGGCGACCGUAUGCGGGCUUGGAUAGACAUUGGGUACUCCACCCCCGCAACGAACUAA